ACUUCUGACCCACAUCGAAUUUGCUAGUCAGCUGACUGCAGCUCUCUCUCUCUCUCUCUUACUAAUCAAUACAAGAUGAAGUUAACUGUGUUGCUCAACUUGCUCCUCUUCUGUCAUGUUGCAUCUACAGUGAAACACUCACUGAAAUAUUUCCUCACUGCAACUUCUGGAGUCCCAAACUUCCCAGAGUUCAUGGGUACCAUGAUGGUCGAUGAAGUGUUGGUGGGUUACUAUGACAGCAACAUCAAGACCGCAGAACUCAAACAGGACUGGAUGAGGAAACUAAUAAAGGAUGAGCCACAACACCUGGAGUGGUAUUCUCUGAAGUGUUUUGGUAGCCAGCAGGUCUUCAGAGCCAACUUGGACAGCCUGAAGCAGCGCUUAAACCAAACUGGAGGUGCCCACAUUUUUCAGAGGAUGAACGGCUGUGAGUGGGACGACGAGACUGGAGAGGUUGUUGGUUAUAAUCAGUACGGUUAUGAUGGAGAAGACUUCCUUGCAUUAGACCUGCAGACGCUGACAUGGACCGCUCCAAAACAACAGGCUUUCAUCACCAAACUUCGAUGGGAUAAUGACAAAGCUAGAUUAGAACACAACAAAAACUACUACAUCCACAGAUGUCCUGACUGGCUGAGGAAGUACCUACAGUAUGGGAGGAGCUCUCUGCAGAGAACAGAGCGUCCCUCAGUGUCUCUCCUCCAGAAGACUCCCUCCUCUCCAGUCAGCUGCCACGCUACAGGUUUCUACCCCGACAGAGCCAUGAUGUUCUGGAGGAAAGAUGGAGAGGAGAUUCAUGAGGACGUGGACCUCGGAGAGAUCCUCCCCAACCACGAUGGAUCCUUCCAGAUGAGCGUUGAGCUGAACCUGUCAUCAGUCGCACCUGAAGACUGGAGGAGGUACGACUGUGUGUUUCAUCUCUCUGGUGUGGUGGACGACAUCGUCACCAGACUGGACAAAGCAGUGAUCAGGACCAACUGGGUUCCUCCUACAGGGUUCCCUGCUGGUCCUGUUAUUGGAGUUGUUGUAGGACUGCUGCUGCUGCUGCUGCUGGUGGUCUGCAUCGCUGGACUCUUCAUCUGGAGGAGGAACAGUAACGGGUUUCGCCCUGCUAACACGGGGCAGUGAACAUAGAAGAGGAUGCUGAACUCCACAACUUAUCGUCUCGGAGGACUUUAUAAUCUGUACAACAUAUAUUUCAUUAUUAUUAUUGUUAUUAUUAAUAUUUUUAUAUUCCUGGAAGUGAGAUCAAAAUGUCAUGGUCUGGCACUGUACCAGAGAACAUUGGACUUUUUCUUUUUGUUAUAAGUUAAGACUGUCUUUUCUUCUCCUUUUGGUUUAUUAGUUCUGUUAUUGUGAUUUUGGUUUGUUUUGGAUUUGGGCUCUUUUAUAUUCAUGCAUUCCAGUGUUUCCUGUUUUAUUUUGAUAUUCACACCUCCUGUGUCUUGUCUGGUUUUACUGUUUGUUUUCCCACCUUUUUUGAUUGUCUGCCCCGCCCAGAUUUGUUCCACCUGUGUCUAAUCGCCCUCUUGUAUUUAAGCCCUCUGUUGUUGUCAGUUCAUGUUGCUCCUGCCUAGUCUGUGUUGUCUCCGGUGUUAUCUCUGCCAUCCUGCCUGUGAUCCUCGUGUCUUCUGCUUUGUAAUUUUAGUUUUUGUUCUCAGUUUAGUUUCUUGGUGUUUUUCCUUUGUACUUUGUUUUUCUCAGCCUGCCCUCUGUUUUUGGUUUUCCUGUAAGAUUUUUUUUUUCCACCAGCUUUACAAUUAAAGCUUUCUUUUUGUUAAAUGUAUCUGUCUGCCUGGUCACUCUGCAUUUGGGUCCACCCUUUAAACUAAUACCUUGACAGAAUGAACUAACCAAAAUGGACCCAGCAGAGUUGCAAAUUUGUUCUUUGAAAGUUUGUGAGUUUGAGUUGACUGUGGAAAGACUAGUUUUUGCUCAUGCUAUUGAGUGGACUUCCCUCCUGGACCAGCUUGCUAUGCAGCAGGAGGAUUUUAAGGAGAAGCUGUGGGUGAACCACUUUGUACCCCUUUAAACUAAUACCUUGACACAAAUCUAUUUUACAAGGGAGACCUUAAUUCUUAAGUAAAAGUAGCAAUAAAAAAUACUCCAAAUGAAGUAAAAGCU